AUGAUGGCACCGGCCUUUUCGCCGUUCGGGAUCGGCGAGUCGCCGGAGGAGGAAGAAUUCUCGGAGGACGAAUCCCCGGAAUUUGAGGGGCCCUCUAUAGCCGCUCCACCUCUGGACCACGCGCCCACCAUGGCGCCGGCCUACGCUCCCUUCUUCGGGAUCAGCGAGUCGCCGGGGGAGGCCCCCGCCGGCGCCCCGGAGGCGGCCGAGGCCACCAGCCCGUCCUCCGAGGAGAUGACUGCCGCCCCGUCCGCCGGAGACUACGACGUGUUGGACGAGGAGGUGCUCGCGCCCGACGGGGCCAACACGGCGACGGCCGGCUCCAAGGCCCCCGCGCCGGCUCCCGGCCCCUCGGCCGACGACGAGGACAGCGGCGCGAGCACGAUCGUCCGCCCCACCCGCCGCAGCCUCGUGGCUGCCGUCGUCUUCGCGGUCAUCUGCGCCGUGGCCGCUUCCUGA